AUGUCGACCCCGCGCAUGCAAUGGGUGAGCCAGCGCAUCGUCGAGACGUUCGAGCCGAGCGUGACGCAGGCGGAAGUGACCGAGUUCCUGGCGUCCCCGGGCACGCGCAAGCUCUUCAACGAGCUGCUGAGCGGCAAAGACGCGUGCAAAGUCAAACUCUGUGUGUCGCUGGGCAACUCGAUCCCGAUCCGCGCCAAGUGCUGCUUCUUCCUGAGGACCACAGCGGACGGGAAGCCCGUGGACGUGCAGAAGGCCAGCGACAACGCCAUUUGCUUCGGCGAGCUCGCCCCCAACAUCCUCCGAGACCUCGAGACGACCAUCAGCUCUCUCUUCUCGCCGCUGCUCAAGGCCAAGGACGAGUGGGGCAAGGCCGACGCCGACCUCAAGAACGAAUUCAUGACGGAGUCCGAGAAAUUCGCCAACGACCUCAAGGAGGCGCUCAACAGUAUGGACAGCGGACUGGAGCUGAGGAGACCCGACCGCAGCAUUCUCGCCGAGACACUCAUCGUGUACUACGAGGAAGUGCUCAAGGAGUGGUGCGACGUCAUCUCGACGUACCUCGAGACCAACACGACGAACGACGGCAAGGGAGGCAACAACGACCAGAGCAUUGACGACGAUGGACCCAUGGGGGAGCUCGAGUAUUGGAGGCGACGCAUGCAGCGGCUGACGAGCAUCACGGAGCAGCUCAAGAUGAACGAGUACAAGGACGUCUUCGCGGUGCUCAGCAGGACGACCAAGAGCGUCAGCGACGACACCAAGCAGCGCAUCCAGACGCUGCUGCGACGCUGGAAGCAGAUCGACAUCGGCAUCACGGAGGCCGCGAACGAGGCCAAAGACAACGUCAAGUACCUCUUCACACUCGAGAAGUUCAUCAUCCCGCUCUACAACGGCACGCCCAGCUCCAUCAUUGACACGCUGCCGGCUCUGAUGAACUCGAUCAAGAUGAUCCACUCCAUCGCGAGGUACUACAACACGACGGAGCGCAUGGCAAACCUGUUCACCAAGAUCACCAACCAGAUGAUCACCAACUGCAAGCACUGCGUCACUGGAGGCGAGACGUACGAGGUCAUGUGGGACAAAGACCCCGAGGAGCUCGUGCGCCACCUGGACUCGUGUCUGAAGCUCAACGAGGCGUACCAGCAGCAGUAUCGCGUCACCAAGGACAAGCUCUUCGCGACGCCCAAGGGCAAGCAGUUUGAGUUCAACGAGAUGAAAAUCUUUGGCAAAUUCGACCUCUUCUGUCGACGCGUCAUGAAGCUGAUCGACAUGUUCACGACGAUCCACCAGUUCUCGUCCCUGGGCCAGCACCGCCUCGAAGGCAUGGAGGACCUCAUCGCGAAAUUCAACUCGAUUAUUCGCGAAUUCCAGUACCGGAACCACGACCUGCUCGACUACAAGAACAACCGCUUCGACCGCGAUUACGUCGAGUUCAACGUCCGCAUCUCCGACCUCGAAGGGUUGCUGCAAAAGUUCAUUAACGACUCCUUCGAGAACAUCACCUCCAUCGAGCACUCGCUGAAUCUGCUGCGCAAGUUUCAGACGAUUCUGCAGCGUGAGAACCUCAAGUCGGACUUGGACUCCAAGUUUAACGUUAUCUUCCAGAACUACGGGCUGGAGCUGGAGCACGUUCUACAGCAGUACGAGAAGUACAAGCAGAACCCUCCGUACCCACGUAACCUGCCGCCGGUAGCGGGUAACAUCACGUGGUCGAGACACCUGCUGAAGCGCAUUGAGGAGCCCAUGAAGAAGUUCGAGUCCAACCAAAACGUACUGGCAAGCAAAGACGCCAAGCGCAUUAUCCGCAUGUACAACAAGGUUGCGAGAACGCUGGUCGCUUUCGAGUACAUCUGGUACCAGGCGUGGGUGCAGUACAUCGACACGGCCAAGGCGGGACUGCAGGCCACGCUGAUCAUCCGCCACCCUGAAGACAACAAGCUCUACGUGAACUUUGACCCUGAAAUUCUGCAGCUUUUACGCGAAGCCAAGUGCUUGGACCGCAUGGGUAUCGAGAUCCCAGAAGCGGCCAAGAUUGUGCUGCUCCAGGAGGACAAGUUCAAGAACUACUACAACGAGCUCCAGUACGCGCUGGCAGAGUACGACCGCAUCGUGACAAAGGUGAUCCCAGUGACGGCCAUGCUCCUGCGGCCGCACUUCAACGACAUGGAGUUCAAGCUGCGCCCGGGAAUGAUCACGUUGACCUGGACGAGCAUGAACAUCGAGGCGUACCGCAACCACAUCCACUCGGGCUUGCAGCACCUCGAGGAGCUGGUGACAAACAUCAACGACAUCAUCGAGAAUCGCAUCGAGAAGAACAUGCGCAUCGUCUCCAAGACUAUGCUAGUGGAUCUGCCGGUGGACCAGUCCUUCUCUCUCGACGAGUUCGUAACGAUGCAAGGCUCGAACAUCAAGCGAGCAGGCGCACUGCUGCAGGGCAAGAACGUCGAGAUCGAGAAUGCAGUGGAGGAUUUACUCAAAAUCAUCAUGCAAUACCCGCUGGACUCGCACAUCGAGGGCGUCUCCAACGACGAGGCCAUGAAGCUCAAGAAGCACUACAACCACUUCAUGUACCAGGCGCUGCUGCACUGCACCAAGAACUCGCUCAACACCAUCAAGAAGCGCGUGGCCUCUCGCAUGACGUCCACGAUCUUCACUAUCGAGCGUCCGUUCUUCGAGGUCGACGUGCAGCUCAGCGUACCAAACGUCCAGCUGCACCCGUCGUUGGAUGAGAUCCAGCUAGCUAUUAACAAGGCUGCGCAGACGAUUCUCAGCUGCUCGAAGGAGUUGCUGGACUGGGGGCAGAGCGAUUUAUCCUCCGCCGUGAACAGCUCCAAUUCUAAUGGCACAGACAGCAACGGGAACACUACGCACCCCAACGCAGGCAAGAUCACCUUCUUCGAUCGGAUCACCAAGGACAUUGAGAUUGUGCGCGUUGUGCUUCUGCUCACGGGUAGCGUCCAGGGUCUGCGUAACAACGUGACCGAGUACUUGUGCUCUUUCAAGAAGUACGAGUGGCUCUGGAUGGAGCAGAAGGACGUCUCCUACGAGAAUUUCCUCAAGAAGAACCCGGAGCUGCAGGACUUUGAGAAGAAACUCAAGUCAUUUGUCGAGAUCGACGAGGAGAUCUCGAGCCUCACCCCCAUCCACAACAUCGGUGCGCUCUCUUUGAACACGCGCAACAUCAAGCUGCAGCUCAAGCAUGAAAACUCGCAGUGGAAGCUGAAAUUCUCCGACAACCUGCACAACCAGGCACGAAGGAAGAUGGAGUCGCUGACGGAAUAUUUCCGGUCGACCAUGGGCAAGCUCAAUCGUAAAGUGGUGGACUUGGACUCCUUGCGCUUCGUGAUGAAUCUACUGAAAGAAGUUCGCGCUCGAGAAAGCGGCAUCAAUAUGGAGAUCAACCCCGUGCUGGAUAUGUACGAGAUGCUCGAGUACUAUCUGCCUGACGGGUUUAUGGAGAAGGAGGAAAUGGACCAAAAGUCCGUUCUGCGCAGCAAUUGGCGCAAGCUUAUCCACCACGCCGAGACUCGCACCGACGAGCUCAGCAAGACUCAGGCGGGGUUCAAGCGCGGUCUCCUUCGCGACAUCAAGGAGCUGAUCGUCGAUGUGAAGCACUUCCGCGAAGAUUAUCUCGCCAACGGGCCCAUGGUCAUCGGGAUUCCCCCCGUGGAAGCUGUGGAGAGGCUCAACCGCUACAAAGAGGAGUACAAGAUCCGCGAGCGCAAGCACGAGCUGUACUUGUCCGGUGAAGAGCUCUUUGCGCUGCCGAAGACAACCUACCCGGAGCUGGAGAUGACGAAGAAGGAGCUCCAGCUCCAGGACAAAUUGUUUGGACUGUAUACCGACGUGCUGAGUACAAUCGAAGAGUGGAAGCAGAUCCCGUGGCUCUCUGUGGCUGAGCGAGUGCAGUCGAUGACUGAGAAGGUGGACGCGUUCUCCCUUCGCUGCAAGAAGAUGCCCGGGAAACUCCGCGAGUGGGAGGCGUAUACCGAUCUGAAGAAGAUGAUCGACGACUUCACCGACGUCUUGCCUCUGCUGCAGGAACUGAGCAAGGAAUCGAUCAAGCCUCGACACUGGGAGGCUGUCAUGGCAAUCACCAAGACACAGCUGGACGUCACGGCGCCAGACUUCAAGCUGCAGGCUCUGAUGGACGCCAACAUUGUGGAGUACAAGUCCGAGAUCGAAGAGGUGACUGAUGGCGCUGACAAGCAGCUCAAGAUCGAGAUCCAACUCGCAGAGAUUUCGGCUCGGUGGGAGACCGAGGAGUUCCAGUUCCAGGACUGGAAGAGCCGCAACGUGCCCAUCUUGAAGGCUGUGGUGCCGGUUGUGGAGGAGCUGGAGGAGACGCAGAUGAACCUGCAAACGAUGCUGUCGAUGCGUCAUGUGAUCCCGUUCAAGGACGUGGCUCAAGGCAAACUGGAGCAGUUGUCCGAUACUUCCGAGACGCUGGAGCGAUGGAUUAAGGUCCAAAUGUUGUGGUGCUCGCUUGAAUCCGUGUUCACAGGCGGUGACAUCGCCAAGCAAAUGCCCGUAGAAGCCAAGAAAUUCCAGAAAGUUGACAAGGAUUGGGCCAAGAUCAUGGCGAAAUCGGAGGAGAUCAAGAACGUGGUGGCCUGUUGCUCCAGUGAACUGCUCAAGUCGUGUCUGCCGACCAUGUAUUCCGAGCUGGAGAAGUGCCAGAAGAGUCUGGAGGGCUACCUAGAGCAGAAGCGAAACAAAUUUCCUCGGUUCUACUUCGUGUCCAACCCUGGUCUGCUCAUGAUCUUGUCGCAAGGCAGUGACCCGUUGAGUAUGAACGAACACUACGAGAAAGUGUUCGACUCCAUUGAGAGGGUUUACCACGACAAGAAGGACAAGACCUUGAUCCACACGAUGGUCUCUGGCGUGGAGGAAGUGCGAUUCUCGCAGAUCGUCAAGGCGCAGGGCAACAUCGAGGACUGGCUGGCCACGUUGCUGCGUGGGAUGCAGAUCACUAUGAAGGACAUUUGUCGACAGAGCGCCAUGGACAUUGGCGUAGUGGGCAACGACUUGAAGCGACUGCGCGAGUUUGUGGACCGGUAUGUGGCGCAAUUCGCUCUAUUGGGAAUUCAGAUGAUGUGGACGACGGACAUCCAGACCGCUCUUGAGCAGUGUCGAGCCAAGAAAAACAUCAUGAAGGACACGAGCACCAAGCAGGCGAUGGUGCUUACAGAGCUGUCGAACUGGUGUCUGGGAGAUCUCGGCUCUAAAGAGAACCGCAUUAAAAUCGAGACGCUCGUGACGAUCCACGUGCAUCAGCGUGACGUGAUGACGGACCUCGCUACGCUCUACAAGCAGAAGAAGAUCUCGGACCCGAACGACUUCGAGUGGCUGAAGCAGGCGCGGUUCUACUGGAGACCUGGCAACUCGGACGAGUUCAACGCCGAUGGAGCUUGUGUCAUCUCGAUCACUGACGUCGACUUCAACUACCAGUUCGAGUACCUCGGCUCAAAGGAGCGGUUGGUGGUGACUCCGCUUACCGAUCGAUGCUACAUCACGCUAGCUCAAGCUCUGGGAAUGUACUUUGGAGGAGCCCCCGCUGGCCCCGCAGGAACAGGCAAGACGGAGACAGUGAAGGACCUGGGUCGUACUCUGGGCAUCUACGUCGUGGUGACCAACUGUACGGACCAGCAGAAGUACACGGAUUGCGCCAAGAUCUUCAAAGGGCUGUGUCAGGGCGGACUCUGGGGGUGUUUCGAUGAGUUUAACCGCAUUCAGCUCCCUGUGUUAUCCGUGGUGGCACAGCAGGUACUCGCUAUUCAGAACGCCAAGAAGACUGGAACCAAGUACUUCCAGUUCCCUGGAGACCCUCAGAAUAUUUUACUUACGCAAGUUUGCGGGUAUUUCAUUACCAUGAAUCCUGGUUACGCUGGCCGUCAGGAGCUGCCUGAGAACCUCAAGGCCCUGUUCCGAGGCGUGGCCAUGAUGGUGCCCGACUUCGAGAUCAUCAUGAAGGUCAAGCUGUGUUCCGUCGGGUAUUCCGAGUACCAAGACCUCGCCAAGAAGUUCUUCAUCCUGUACAACACGUGUAAGGAGCAACUGUCGGCGCAGAAGCACUACGACUGGGGUCUACGUAACAUUCUGGCCGUGCUGCGAAGUGCUGGCAAGAUAAAGCGCGACAACCGAAACGAUUUGGAGUCCAAGCUGCUGUACCAGACCCUGCGCGAUAUGAACCUGUCCAAGCUGGUGGCCCAAGAUGUGCCGCUGUUCCUGUCGUUGCUCGCCGAUCUGUUCCCGACAGUGCAGUUCCCUCCCAAGGGGUCAUAUCCCGAGCUUACUGUGGCACUGCAAGCUGAAAUUGAGAAGCAGGGCAUUGUGGACCAUCCAGGCUGGUUCAACAAGGUCAUCCAACUGUACGAGACGCAGCUCGUACGCCACGGUAUCAUGCUCGUGGGUCCUACAGGCGGCGGCAAGACCAAGAUCUUCGACGUGUUGAUGCAGGCUCUCACACUGACUACAAACAUUGUUCACAAGCAGUCCAAAUUGAAUCCGAAAGCCAUCCGAGCCGCUGAAAUGUACGGUGAAGUGGAUCCCAUGUCUGGCGAGUGGACAACCGGCGUGUUUGCAGCCAUGUGGGCGAAAUACAACAACAAGGCCAACAAGUUCAUCAUGUGGAUGACGUGCGACGGCCCUGUCGACGCUAUUUGGAUUGAGGAUCUGAACACCGUGCUGGACGAUAACAAGAUUCUGACCCUAGCUAAUGGUGAUCGCAUGCCUAUGACGGAUAAUGUGAAGCUCAUGUUCGAGGUCGAGACGCUGGUGAACGCUAGUCCCGCUACCGUGUCACGCGCUGGCAUCGUCUUCAUCAGUGACACAGAUCUCGACUGGGCCCCCGUUGUGGAGGCGUGGAUUCGGAAGCGUCCACCGACCCACCAGCAGGUUCUUCGGGACCUGUUCAUGAAGUAUAUGGGCGAGAACAACCCGCUCAACCCCGGCCACUGCUUCGACUACUUGAACCGCAACACGGAAGGAGUCAUGACGGUAUCUCGCGUUGGCCAGGCGUCUCGACUGUACAACUUGAUGACGGGGUUGCUGCUUGGAGAUCACGGCACGACAUUGUCCGAAGACCCCGCAAAGCUAGCCAUCCAGCUCGAGAAGCUGUACCUGUACUGCCUGUGCUGGUCGCUCGGCUCGCUCUUGGAGCAGGAAGACCGAGUGAAAUUUGACGAGUGGAUCCGACAGUACGACGACAACGCGCUGCUCCCCAAGUGUGAGCCUGGACAAACCGUAUACGAGUACUUCGUUGACCCGCAGACCUGGGAGUGGAAGCUGUGGAGACCGGCCAAGUGGGAAUACCCCAAAGGCGCCAAGCAGCUCGAUUUCUCCAACUUGCUGGUGCCUACCAUGGACUCCGUGCGAACUCUGUACCUCAUUGAGAACCUGCACAAGCAACGCAAGCCUGUGCUGAUGGUGGGCGGACCUGGUACUGCUAAAACUUCGUCCGCGUUGAUGUUUUUCAAUGAUUUGAGUCCGGAUAUUAUGAUGAUCAAGCGCGUCAACUUCUCGAGUGCUACGACGCCCUUCAUGUUCCAGAACGCCGUCGAGAGUGAGCUGGAUAAGCGCGGCGGAAAGAGUUUCGGCCCUCCUGGAGGGAAGAAGAUGACGGUCUUCCUAGAUGAUCUCAGUAUGCCGCUCGUGAACGCCUGGGGUGACCAACCGACGCUCGAAAUUGUGCGCAUGAUCAUCGAGUUGAGCGGAUUCUGCUUCCUGUCGAAGGACCGACGCGGUGACUUCAAAGUGUGCGAGGAUCUGCAGUACGUGGGGGCCAUGGGCCACCCGGGAGGAGGUCGAAAUGACAUUCCGAACCGGCUGAAGCGCCAAUUCUACCUGUUCAACCUGAUUUUGCCUUCGCUAACGUCGAUCGAUGACAUCUACGGCCAAAUGCUUGCGGGUCGGUUCGACCCGGAGACGUACAGCAAAGACACACUUUCUGUCGUGAACAAACUGACGCGUGCUACGAUUGACUUGUGGAACUUCAUGAAGGCCAAGCUGCUCCCCACGCCAGCGAAGUUCCACUACAUCUUCAAUAUGCGUGAGCUGAGCCGUGUGUUCCAGGGGAUUCUACUCACCCCGCCUGAAACCUUCACGAGCGGCGGAGGCAUUCGUGUAACACAGGGGAAACUCGCCAAGAUGGACCCUGGCCAGGUCGUGCUGCUCACUUGGAAGCACGAGUGUGCGCGCGUGUUCUGCGAUAAGCUGACGAACCACAAGGACAAGGACAUCUUCAACGCCUACAUGCGCGAGCUCAUCAAGAGCCACUACGGAGACAGCCUGGAGGAGUUUUGUCGCCAGCAGUACAGCAUGGUCAACUUCCUCCGCGACCCGGAAGAGGACGAGGAAGGCGGCAUUGCCGACGCUGCGCUCAAGAUCUACGAGCCUGGCGGUACCGUCGCAGACGUGCGCUCCCGCGUCCUCGAGUUCCUGGACAAGUACAACACUGACUUCCCUCAGCGCCAGAUGCGGCUCGUGCUCUUCGACGACGCUCUGGACCAUUUACUGCGCAUUUCCCGCCUACUGGAGAUGCCUCGAGGUUCGGCGUUGCUCGUGGGUGUCGGUGGGUCCGGAAAGCAGUCGCUGACUCGGUUGGCCGCGUACAUGGCAGGCUCUACCAUCUUCCAGAUCGUCCUGACCAAGACGUACAACACCAACUCGUUCAUGGAAGACAUUCGCACACUGUACAAGUCUGCGGGCCAUCUCCGCAAGUCCACGACCUUCCUGUUCACGGACGCGGAGAUCAAGAACGAGAUUUUCCUGGAGCUCAUCAACUCGAUCCUCAUGACGGGCGAAGUGGCCGGUCUGUUCGCCAAGGACGAGAUGAUGGCCAUGACUGCGGAUCUGCGCAACUCGUUCGUCAAGGAGCGCCCCGGACAGGCGGAAAGCCAGACGAACCUCAAGCAGUACUUCACCGACUGUGUGCGUGACAACCUCCACGUCGUGCUGUGUAUGUCGCCGCUGAACGCCAAGUUUGCCGAGCGCGCGCGAAAGUUCCCGGGGUUGAUCAGUGGCCCGACGAUCGACUGGUUCUUGCCGUGGCCUGAAGACGCGCUGAUCGCCGUGUCCAAGGGCUUCAUCCAGGACUACCCGAUGGAGUGUGAUGCGACGACCAAGCAAGCGCUCAUGACCCACAUGGGUAUGGUGCACCGCAUCGUCACGGACCUGUGUGAAGAGUACUUCCAGAAGAUGCGACGGCGCGUGUACCAGACGCCCAAGUCGUACUUGAGCUUCAUCGAGUCGUACAAGAAGAUGUACAACGUCAAGCUGGACGAGAUCAAGGUCAAGGAGCAGCGCGUGAACCUCGGACUGAAGAAGCUCAUCCAGGGAGCUGAGGACGUGCGAGCAAUGUCGAUUGUGCUAGCAGAUGAGCAGGUGAAGCUGGAAAAAGCCACGGAGGAGACCAACACGAUGCUGCAGUCUCUCCAGGUUUCGUCCGCGGAGGCACACAAGGAGGGCGACCAAGUGGCUCAGAUCAAGGCGAAAUGUGAGGAGGAUGCGGCUCGUAUCUCGGCCGAGAAGGAGCUGUGCGAGCAUGAUCUGGCCAAGGCCAAGCCGUUCGUCGAGGAGGCCGAGACGGCCAUCGACUCGAUCAAACCGGCGCACAUAGGUGAGAUCAAGAAGCUGGCCAAGCCCGCCGACAUCAUCCGUCUCGUGUUCGACGGUGUGCUGAUCCUGUUCAAGCUGCCGCUGAUCCCGGUGAAGCAGGUGAAGCUGAACGUGGCCAAGCAGGAGAUCGACUUCUUCGAGACGUCCUUCUCGCCCUAUGCCCAGUCGAUGAUGAGCGACUCCAACUUCCUCAAGAACGUGCAGAACUUCGGAGCAGUCGGUAAGGAUAUGAUCAACGAGGAGACGAUCGAGCUGCUGACUCCGUACAUGGAGCUCGAGGGGUUCCAGCCGAGUGUGGCCAAGAACGCCUCGCUGGCAGCUGAAGGCCUGUGCACGUGGGUGCGCGCCAUGAAGUUCUACCACGAAGCCUCAAAGGUGGUGAAGCCCAAGCUCGAGGCUCUCACGAUUGCUGAAGGGCAAAUGGAAGCGGCUAACAAGGCGCUGAACGCUGCUGAGCAGCGACUCUCCAAGUGCAAGGAGCGACUGAACGAGCUGCAGCAAAUGUUCGAGGCUCAAAUGGCCGAGAAGAAGCGCAUUGAGGACGGCGCCAACGCGCUGGCGCGGAAGAUGCAGCAAGCGUCCGAUCUGAUCAACGGCUUGGCUGGUGAGCGCGUGCGUUGGACGGACGACUCGAACAACUUCGCAGACCUGAAGCGGAGGUUGGUGGGCGAUUGUGCGGUGGCCUGCGCCUUCGUGUCGUACUGCGGCCCAUUCAACCAGGACUUCCGAACGUACAUGGUGCAGAACAAGUUUGUCCCCGACUGCGAGUCGAGAAACGUCCCGGUGACUGUAGAUAUCGACGUGAUCACGUUCCUCGUGGACAUUGGUACGGUGGGUGACUGGAACAUGCAGGGGCUGCCCACAGACUCGCUGUCGAUUCAGAACGGUAUCAUGGUCACGCGCUCCUCGCGCUAUCCUCUGCUCGUCGACCCGCAGGGCCAGGCGCUGUCUUGGAUCAAGAACAAGGAGUCGGAGCGGGUUCCGAGCUACGGCACGACGUCUUUGAACCACCCGAAGCUGAAGGAUCAGCUCGAGUUCUGCAUGGGCGAAGGGAAGGCUCUGAUCGUGGCGGGCGUGGAGGAGGACAUCGAUCCGAUGCUGGACCCGGUGCUGGAGAAGCAAAUCAUCGUCAAAGGCAAGAGCAUGUCGAUCAACGUGUCGGACAAGAACAUGGAGUUCAACCCGGCCUUCUCCAUGUACUUCAUCACGCGACUGCCCAACCCGCACUUCGGCCCGGAGCUGCAGGCCAAGACCACCGUGAUCGACUUCACCGUCACAAUCAAGGGUCUCGAGGAGCAGCUUCUUGGUCGGGUCAUCGGCAAAGAGCAGAAGGCGCUGGAAGAGCAGCUCGCGCAGGUGCUGGAAGACGUCAACAUGAACACAAAGUCGCUGUUAGCACUCGACGCGUCGCUGCUGGAACGCUUGACGUCCAACACUGGUAACCUACUGGAAGACGAGGAGCUGAUCGGGGUGCUGGCCAACACGAAGGAGAAGGCCGCCGAGGUGAAAGACAAGCUGAUCGCCGCCGCCGACACACGAAAAUCGAUCAACGAGAAGCGCGAGCAAUUCCGCCCCGUGGCCACGCGCGGCUCCGUGCUCUACUUCUCGGUGGUGGAGACGUCGCUCAUCAACUGCAUGUAUCAAACGUCCCUGAACCAGUUCCUGGCGCUCUUCAUGAAGUCCAUGGACGUCGCGGAGAAGGCUGCACUGGCCUCCAAGCGAGUGGCGAAUAUCAUUGAGACGAUGACGUACAUCUCGUACCGCUACAUCAACCGCGGCCUCUAUGAGCGCGACAAGCUCACGUUCGUGCUGCUGCUGACGCUGAAGAUCCUCGUCACGGACAGCCUCUUGACCCGUGAAGAAGUCACGCUGCUUAUCCGAGGUGGCGCCGCUCUGGACAUCAACUCAGUGAGGCGCAAACCGUUCUCGUGGAUCUCGAACGAAGCCUGGCUGAACGUCAUCGAGCUCUCCCAGAGCUGCAAGUUCUUCACGAACCUGCCGCACGAGAUGGCGUCGAACGAAGGCAUGUGGCGUCGCUGGUACGAGGACAAUGAGCCGGAGACCGUAGUGAUCCCGGAUUAUGAGGCUCGACUCACAGAGAACGAGGUCAUCGGGCCGUACUACAAGCUGCUGCUGGUGCGCUCAUUGCGUAUGGAUCGUACGAUCCUCACGACCAAGGAGUUCAUCAGGAACACGCAGCAAAUGGGGCCGCGGUAUGUGGAGCCGGUGACGGACACGAUCGAGAGCAUUUUCGCCGAGAUGAAGGCCGAGACGCCCGUCAUCUUCCUCUUGUCCAUCGGCGCCGACCCCACGGAAAGCAUCGAGAUGCUGGCACGCAAGCAGAAGAACCCGUCGCCGGCCGUCGUGUCCAUGGGUGAAGGCCAGGAGCCUGUGGCUCUCAAGGCCAUCAACGCUGCUGUGGUCAACGGCACGUGGGUGCUUCUGCAGAACUGCGAGCUUGGGCUGGAGCUGAUGGAGCAGAUGGAGGACAUCAUGCUCAAGCUCACCGAGACGAUGGACCCGGGCUUCCGCCUCUUCCUCACGGCGCUGCCGAACGACCAGUUCCCGCUCGGUCUGCUGCAGAUGUCCACGAAGGUGACGAACGAGCCGCCUCAAGGUCUACGCGCGGGCUUGUUGCGGUCGUACACGGUGAUGGUGGAUCAAGAGAAGCUGGAGCGCGUGGAGACGUCGCAAUGGCGACAACUGCUGUUCAACUUGUGCUUCCUGCACUCCGUUGUCAUUGAGCGGAAGAAGUUCGGGCCGCUUGGCUGGGGAAUCCCCUACGAGUACAACAAUGGCGACCUGUCAGCGUGUACCAUUUUCCUCGAGAAGCACCUGUACAACGGACCGAUCUCGUGGCCGACGCUGCAGUACAUGGUCGCAGAGGUGCAGUACGGCGGCAAGAUCACGGACAACAUGGACCGCAGGCUCUUCAACUUCUACGCCGAGUGGUGCCUCACGCCCGACGUUUGCUCGCCGACGUUCAGCUACAACCCGGCCGAGCCCAUUUUCCGCCUGCCGAACGACUUCAACUACCGCAUCCCCGUGGCCGACAACAUCGACGACUACCGGCAUUUCUGCCACACGCUCCCGGAGAUCGACUCGCCUGAAAUCUUCGGCCUGCACCCGAACGCCGACCUCACGUACCGAGUGAAGGAGGUCAACAUGCUGCUCACGACUCUCGGCGACACCCAGCCCAAGGGCGGAGGUGGUUCCUCGGGUGUGUCCCGCGAAGACGUCGUGUGCGAGAAGGCCAAGGAGCUGCUGGACCGACUACCUGAAGACUACAACGAGGACGACUACAAGGCCAAGAUCAACAAGCUGGGCGGGCUCACCAUCCCGCUCAACAUUUUCCUGUUCCAGGAGAUCCAGCGGCUGCAGCGCGUGAUCGCCAAGGUGCGGUCCAUGCUGCAGUCGCUGCAGAUGGCUAUCCGCGGCGAGGUGGUCAUGACCGAGGAGCUGAGCUGGACGCUGGACGCCAUCUUCGACGCCAAGGUGCCUCCGUCCUGGCUGCGGACAUCCGUCGGUGACGAGUUCUCGUGGAUCCUGCCGACGCUCGGGCUUUGGUUCUCGUCGCUCAUCUCUCGAGACGAGCAGAACCGCACGUGGCUCAACACGCGCCGCCCCAACUCGUUCUGGCUCACGGGCUUCUUCAACCCGCAGGGAAUGCUCACGGCCAUGAAGCAGGAGGUCACGCGCAAGCACUCCAAGACGGACAAGUGGGCGCUGGACGACGUGGUCUACCACACCGAAGUCACGUCCUUUGAGCGCGCCGAGCAGGUGCGCGCGCCUCCGAGCGAGGGCGUCUACAUCUACGGGCUCUUCAUGGACGGCGCCACGUGGAGCAAGGCCGACGGAACCAUCGUCGAGUCGGAGCCCAAGAAGCUCUUCACGUCGCUGCCGGUGCUGCACGUCAACAGCAUGUCCAAGGACCUGGAGGCCAAGUCCCGCAAGGAGCUCUACGGCGCUGUGGGGCCCUUCGAGUGUCCGUGCUACAAGUACGCUACGCGUACCGACCGCUACUUCGUCUUUAUGGUGACUAUGAAAUGUCCUCCGGGCCGUCCGCCUCGCCAUUGGGGACUGCGAGGCGUCUGUCUGCUGUGCAACACGGAGUAA